AUGGGGGAUUUUAAUGAUAUUCUAGCCAAGGAAGAAAGAAUAGGGAAUAGAGUCAAAUAUCGUCCUUCCCAGGACUUUAUUGACUGUGUUUCCAAUUGCCUUCUGGAGGAUGUCAAGUCUUGUGGCAACUUUUACACUUGGAGCAAUAAGCAGCAAGGAGAUGAUAGAAUUUUUUCGAAAAUUGAUAGGGCCAUGGCCAAUCAGAGUUGGAUGGACAUGUUUCCUAAUGCUGAUGUGAAUUUUAUGAACGAAGAGUUGAUGGAUCACACACCAGCUGUUAUGUCUUUCUAUGAUAUGGCUCCCAGUGGCAAGAAACCAUUUCGAUACUUCAAAAUGUGGAACACUCAUCCAGACUUUAAUACAGCAGUAGCAGCCUCCUGGAAUCAACAAACUACGGGGCACAAAUUGUUCCAAGUGGUCACUAAACUCAAAAGAUUGAAAGGGGUAUUAAGGGAGUUGAACAGGCAAGCUUUCUCGGAUAUACAAAGGGCUAAUGAGAAGGCUAAAGACCUGCUGUUGCCCUUAAUUUUGUCCAAAAUACGUGGACCAACACGACUCCGACACGUGGAUUUGAGGAGUAAGGUUUUGAGAUAA